UGAAAAAGGGCCUUUGCAGGGUUGUGGCAGCACGCUGCAGCAAGGACCUGUCACAUUACUCUCAGCUCCACCGUGGGACGAGGGCACCUGAAAACUGCCUGUGAGGGAGAGUAACAGAGCUAGAGUGAGACGACACCAAACACAGGGAAGUAAGGAAGCCUCUGCUGCAACGACAGAGUCCGACGUGGGACUUGGGACAUUUUAUCUCUCCAUUCAAGGGGAUCUUAGCGGUGUGUCGCCUGAGAUAUCCUGGUUAACAGGUCUUCAGCCUCCCUUUUAAGACCUGUUUAAAAAAGAGACACAAUGGAUAAGAAUGAAUUCCUGGACUAUGAGUACCCAGACCUGGGUCCUGUGCCAUCCAAAAUUGAAGCAGAAAUAAUCCCUCCAUGUGACCCUACCGCUGAUGACAGGCUCUACCACAUUUGCAUCACUGCGAUAUCUCUCGUGGUCAUGCUGAUCCUAGCAAUCUUAGCCAGACAACGGAAAGUGGGCAACAGACAGAAAGGACUCCCAGGUUUACUCAGUCCGGUCAACUUCCUGGAUCAUACGCAGCACAAGGGCCUUGCAGUGGCUGUGUUUGGAGUGCUGCUGUGCAAACUGUGGGGCCUGAUCAUAUCGCCAAACCCCCUCCCCUUCACAACAGACACGGAGAAUAAACAGAACUGGGUGAUCUUGGGAAUCUUCUACUACCCCGCACUAUACUACCCUCUCCUGGCAUGUGGCACUUUGCAUAAUAAAGUUGGCUAUGUUCUUGGUAGCCUCUUGUCCUGGACGCACUUUGGUGUUCUGGUCUGGCAGAAAAUAGACUGUCCGAGAACACCUCUGAUACACAAACACUACUCCCUGUUCUCCAGCCUGCCCCAGAUAGCUUGCCUGGCAUUCCUUAGUUUCCAGUAUCCCCUUUUCCUAUUCAAGGGCUUGCAGGGCACGGAAAAGAACAACGCAACAGAGGAUCUCAGCAGCAGUUACUAUAACGACUAUGUGAAGAAAAUCCUUAAGAAGAAGCCUACCAAAAUCAGCACAUCCAGCACUGAAACGCCAAAGCUCCAUCAAAGGAUAAUUGAUGCAGUGAAGUCAUACAUUUAUACACCAGAGGAAGCUUUCCGUUUUCCUCUGAAGUUGGCUAUAUCUGGCGUGGUGUCAUUUAUUACCCUGUAUCAGGUGGGUCUUCUUAUGAUCUCGGCCGUGGUGCCUCCUCUCCAGACCGCCCGCUCAGGAAUCGAUGAAGACAUCGCCAACGUUUUAGCUGGCUUCAAGAUUAUGCUGUCUCCAGACAAACAUGAAGUGGUUAGAAUAGUUACACAUUACAUGUGGUGUGUAGAAGUGUGCUUUAUCUCGGCGAUGACCCUCUCCGGCUUGGUGAGCCUGGCCAUGCUCAUGCGGUCCAUGGUCCUGCAUCGGUCGAACCUGAAGGGGCUGUAUAGAGGAGAUAUCUACAAUGUUUACAACUGCCAGAGAAGCAUCAGGGCUUCACGGCCAGCGCUGGUCUGUUGGAUGGGAUACACCAGCUUCACUGCGGCUCACGUUUUCCUCGGCAUGAUCAUCCAAACCAUGGUGUUCUUCCUCUGCCUUCUGGUCGCCGUCUUCCUCAUCAUCAUGCCGAUACUGCACGGAGAGAAUCUGAUCCUUUUUCAGAUCCUGUUGAGCAUGUGGCCCUUUUGGCUGAUGAUUGUCUUGGCUGUGUUGAUUCAACAUCUCACUGGCAGGUUUUGCUUCAUCAAAAAAAUUGCAGGCACACGAGACUUACACAACCGGGGCAAUUUGUUCCUGCUGACGUACCUGCUGUUUCCUGUCAAUGUUCUGAUCGGGGUGCUGCUGGCAGUGUGGCGCAUCAUCAUCACAGCCCUGUUCAACAUCGUACACAUGGGGCGCAUGGAUAUCAGUCUCCUUAACCGCAACGUGGAGGCGUUUGACCCAGCCUACCGCUGCUAUGCUCAUUAUCUGAAGAUAGAGGUGAGCCAGUCCCACCCGGUGAUGAAGGCCUUCUGUGGGAUGCUGCUGCAGGCCGGGGGCCAGGAGAGUAGUUCUCCACAGAGGGCACGGGACGCUGAAGAGGGGAUCCAGCUGGUCAAUCAGGAGAAGAAACAGCACAAAGUGUCCACUGCAAAGAGGGCCCGCAGGCACUGGCAGCUCCUCUACACGCUGGUCAACAACCCCUCCCUGGUGGGCACCAGGAAGCACUUCCAGCGUCAGACCACUGAGAGCUUUCUGAAUGGGAGCCUCAACCGCAGCGCCAUGGACGGGAGCAAAAAGGAGGCAGCAGCCAAGGAGACGGAGGUGGCUGCCAACAACUAAACACAAAUGUGACCCUAAGGAUAGGUACCAAGUCUUCUGGUUUUUGGGCAAAUUCGACACCGAAAUAAGUGCACUUAUUACAAUUCAGCGCCACAUUUAGAGGAAUCCAUCAAGCCUUUCCUGUCUGGAGAUUGUGUUUCCACUUUGUGCUCUUCAUGUUCCCCUGAUGUGUAUGUCUCUCCAGUCUGUAGGAAAGCCUGUGUGGCUGACUGAUCUCGUCCAAACACACUCAUUAUGUGCCAUUCUCAACACGUUUGUGUACUUAUUUUGGGAGAGCACUUGUUUGCUUUGUGUUUCAACCUGUAGGUUAAUCACAUAAUUCCGGUUUUAUCAUAUACUGCAGAUAAUUCAGAUUUGUAGUCGCCCAGACUGAACACACAGACAUGCAUUUCAAUGAAGCAUCCCUUUUUUCAGAGAGUAUUAAUAUGUAGAACAUUUAACUAUUUAUGAAUUUACAUAAUGAGCUAUUUUCAAAACAGGGUAAUACAUUCCUUUUUUCCAAUUGUACACAUUUGGUGCAAUUAAAUAACCUGUGGAAUAGGAACUACCAGACUAAUUCAAGUGUUUGUUUUUCUGUUUUAUUUGUAGAUAUUUAAAUCCAAAUCCACUUGCUGCUAACAGCGUUUUCUUAUUGUUGUCUUAUUGUUGUCUUUUAUGGUUUCUGAUAUUCUACAACUUUACAUCGUUAUUUCUCUACAUCUAAAUGUAAAACGGCGACUUUUAAGUGAAAAUACGAACAGCCGAAUUGUCCUUCUGAUUACUGUGAAAAUAAAUGCUAAACAAAA